AUGAGUAGUCUUCUUCAAUACCCAGAUGGGGUUGAUGCCCCAGAAGUUCAAAUAUGGAACAAUGCAGCGUUUGAUAAUGGAGAAUCAGAGGAUUCUUUGAAUCUUAAGUCUUCUUGGUGGACUCAAAGUCUUGAAUCCAAUGGAAGUAAAGAGAAUCUUAGCCCAGUUUGUGAAAAAUCAUCUCCUGUUUUUGUCAAUUCUUCAAACCCCACCAAGCCACUUCAAUCAAAUACCAAUCUAGUUAACUCACUCGGGAGUAGUUCUUUGAAGAUUGGGGUUUCUAAGAUGGUGGCAAAGAAUGAAGAGAUCAAGAAUCGUGAUGAGAAAAAGAUUGAUAUGGAGAUUGAAGAGAUUGAGAGAGAGAUUAAGCGUUUGUCUUCAAGACUCGAAGCACUUAGGCUUGAAAAGGUAGAGAGGAAUAUAUCAAAGACUAUUGAGAAGAGAGGGAGAAUUGUGGCUGCAAAAUUUAUGGAUCAGAAACAGAGUGUCAAGAUUGAGGAACCGUUGAUCCCAAGUUCUAAAUCGAAGAUUAAUAGAAGAGGAGUCAGUUUAGGGCCAAGUGAGAUUUUAUCCGGAUCCAAAUCAAGGUUAUUCUGUGGGAAACAAGACAUGAACACUCCUGUUUCGAUUCAGAAUCGGCGGAAAUCUUGUUUUUGGAAGCUUGAAGAGAUUGAUGAAUUAAAGGCAACUAAAGAGAGAGGAAAAAGCUUGAGUGUUAGUCCAAGAUCGCGAAAAAAUGUGUCCAAGAUUCAAUUUCCUAAACAGGCUGUUACUACUGUGGGGUCUAGAAGAUCAGUGAAGAAAGAAGAUGGGAUUAUUGCUUCAAUUCAGCCGAAGAAUCUAUUCAAAGAUGGAGAAAAAUCUGUUACUAAUAAGAAACCCUUGAAGCCCGGGCGGGUGGUGGCUAGUAGGUAUAGUCAGAUUGGAACAAAUCAGUCUAAUGGGAAUCUAAGUGCUAGCGAGGCUCGAAAGAGGUCUUUGCCGGAUAAUGAGAAGGAAGAUGCCAAUAAGAGGAGGGCUUCGCGAGGAAAUGGGGCGUGUCAGAGAAUGGACAGUGGUAGAGUGAAGAAGAAGUGGGAGAUUCCAAUUGAAGUAGUGGUGUAUAAGGGUGAUGAUGAAGGCGAAUCUCCGCCGACAGUUUCUACAGUGGCUGAUGUGUUGCCAAAGAUUAGGACUGUCAGGUGUGUUGCUGAGACUCCAAGGGAUUCAGGGGCUGCGAAAAGAGUGGCUGAUUUGGUUGGGAAGAAACCAUUCUUUUGCAUCGAGGAGGCUGAAGCAGGGGACUCUGUUUGUCAGGCUCUGAGUUUUGCAGGAGAGGAUGGCGAGGAAUAA